GAACAAAUUGUGCAUUUGAAGACGCUCAAUUACUUUCGAAUGCUUUAGCUAAUUUGGAUGAAGCUAAUUGGAAAGAAAAUAUUCGAAAUUAUGAAUUAGGAUUAAGAAGUCGCGGAUCUUUUUACGUGAAUCUAACAAGAGGAGGAUGUCUUGAACAACAUCAAAUUUGUGAUAAUUGGUUUAGUUUAAUGAUUCGAAACUUUACCUUUGUUUACAAAAGUUCAAUGAUUUAUAUUAUUUCUUGGUGGAAUGGUGAUGGAAAAGAGUAUUUAAAAAACUAUUUACAACAAAAUAAUAAACAACUUAAAUGGAAAGAAAGAAUUCAUAUUGCUGAAUUUAUUAUUAACAGUACUUAUUUACUUCAUCAAGAGGAUGCUAUUCAUAGAGAUCUGCAUUCAGAAAAUAUAUUAUAUCUAAAGUAUACCAAUGAUUGGUAUAUUGGUGAUCUCGGAUUCUGUGGGCCUAUUGAUAAACCUUUAAAAAGCGUAUAUGGAAAUCUUCCUUACAUAGCACUAGAAGUUAUUUUUGGAAAAGAAAGUACUAAAGCAUCAGAUAUUUACAGUAUAGGUAUGCUUAUGUGGGAGAUUUCAUCUGGACAACCACCCUUUGCUUAUUUUGAUCAUAAUUAUGAUCUUGUAAUGAAUAUAGUGAAUGGAAUGAGACCAAAUAUAGUUUCAGGCACUCCAUUAGAAUAUAAGAAAUUAAUG